CCAGCAGUUCGGUAGCCUUGAUAAAAGCAGACAAGUGUUUCCUGCAGUCUAUGCUCAGAGUGUCACAACCUUCUGUCACUUCUGUUACAGCCUGGUAAAAUGGAAACACCGUAAAAGUCCUUGGAGGCUCAGCUCCCCUCAGCAGAUACUGAGCCGCCUUCUCCAGCAGCCGGGCGUCGCGGCACGGCCGAAUCUCUGCACCCAGCUUAAGGUCAGAGAAGCACAGACAUGAAGAACAGAAGUAGUAGCUGUCUGGACAGUCGGCUCAAACAAAGAGUGGAGCAGUAUCUGGCAUGCAGCAACAAUGAAUAUGUGGACCUUUCAGCCAUGGUGCAGGACCUUCAACGACUAUACAGAAUGGAGUAUGGCAGAAGAAACAAAACAGCUUUUAGGAUUCAAGUAGAGAAAGUGUAUGAAGCAGUCAUGAAGGAGUCUGGGUUGAAUGACCUGGAGACCAAACACUUAGCUAAGAGAGCCAAACACAGCCACAAUGACACUGGUGAUGGGAGCAGCAGCUCAGAGGAGUCCUCUGACAGUGACGAUGACCACCCUCUGGACAACAUUCCCACCAACCACAUGAACUUGUCGCUAGCAUCUCUGUACCGGAAGGGAAACCCUGCUCCUAGCAGUCCUGGCAGCACAAGCAGCCCACUUCCCAAUGCAGAAACGCGGGAUUCCACAGAAGGCUGGUUCAUUGAUAAAGGCCUUGAGAAGAAAAGCAUCCUCAUUGACCUGUGUGACGAGGAACCAGCUAAUACAGCAACAAGUCAGACAGAUUUAUCGAUGCUAGAGCCUGAGAAGUCGCACAAAAAGUCAAGGAAAAGGAGUAAGAACCUAACUGAAACUACAGAGUCUCGUACCCCGAGCAAGAAAGCAAAAUCUAAGUCACCAGAGCUGCUGUAUCCUACUCUGACAUUUGAAGAUGUAGGAGGUAAUGAAGACACAUUAACGGAGGUCUGUAAGCUGCUGAUCCACAUGCGUCACCCAGAAGUGUAUCAGCAGUUAGGAAUGGUUCCUCCUCGAGGCUUUCUUCUCCAUGGGCCGCCUGGCUGUGGAAAGACCCUGCUGGCUCAGGCCGUGGCUGGAGAACUACAGUUACCCAUGUUGAAGGUGUCUGCUCCAGAGCUGGUGUCUGGAGUGUCUGGGGAGUCUGAACAGAAGCUCAGGGAACUGUUUGACCUGGCUGUGAGCUCUACCCCAUGUAUCCUGUUCAUAGAUGAGAUAGAUGCUAUAACCCCUAAAAGAGAGGUGGCCUCUAAAGACAUGGAGAGGAGGAUUGUAGCCCAGCUGCUGACCUGCAUGGAUGACUUGAACAGUCUGACAGUGACAGCUCAGGUCCUGGUCAUCGGUGCCACCAACAGGCCAGACUCACUGGACCCUGCCCUCCGCAGAGCUGGACGCUUUGACAGAGAGAUCUGCCUGGGUAUCCCAGAUGAAGGAGCUCGUCAGAGGAUCUUGAAGACGUUGUGUCGAAAGCUAAAUCUUCCGGAGGACUUCGACUACCAGAAGCUGGCCCGCCUCACCCCAGGCUAUGUAGGUGCAGACCUCAUGGCUCUGUGUCGCGAAGCUGCAAUGAGUGCUGUAAACAGAAUUCUGCUGGAAGCAAGGGGACUUCCACAGAGGCAAAACCAGAGCUCUGCUAAAGAUUCUUUACCAAGCGCCGUUCAGACUGAGGCCGCUUUGACAGACAGAGAGGUCGGAGAACAAUCAGACAUCAACCCUCAGGAAGAGUCGGGACAGAAUCAUCUGCAGCAGGGGGAGCUGUGGCACCUGUUGCAUCUGCUGAAGAACACAAUGACACUGUCAGAGGAAGAACUGGCUGGCCUGUCCAUCCUCAUGUCAGAUUUCCAGAGCUCUCUGACCAGUGUCCAGCCCUCAGCUAAGAGGGAGGGAUUUGCCACUGUGCCAGAUGUCACCUGGGAGGAUGUGGGAGCGCUGCAGGACAUCAGGGAGGAGCUCACCAUGGCCAUACUGGCUCCAGUGCGUUGUCCAGAGCAGUUCAGAGCUCUGGGGCUUAGCGCUCCAUCUGGCGUGCUGCUGGCUGGACCUCCAGGAUGUGGAAAAACACUGCUAGCCAAGGCAGUGGCCAAUGAGUCAGGCCUGAACUUCAUCUCUGUCAAGGGUCCAGAGCUGCUCAACAUGUAUGUAGGGGAGAGUGAACGAGCUGUCAGACAGGUCUUCCAGAGAGGGGGCAACUCAGCUCCUUGUGUUAUCUUCUUUGAUGAGAUUGAUGCUCUGUGUCCACGCCGCUCAGGCCAUGAGUCAGGAGCCACUGUGAGGGUAGUCAAUCAGCUGCUCACAGAGAUGGAUGGCUUAGAGACUCGACGACAGGUCUUCAUUAUGGCUGCAACCAACAGACCAGAUAUCAUCGACCCUGCCCUACUGAGGCCAGGUCGUUUAGAUAAAACCUUGUAUGUCGGUUUACCACCUCCAGCAGACCGCCAUGCCAUCCUUCUCACCAUUACUCAGGGGGGGAACAAACCUCGGCUUGAGGAGGAUGUCAGUCUUGAGGAGAUUGCCUUUGAUGAGCGCUGCAAUAAUUUCACUGGAGCUGACCUGACUGCAUUAGUGAGGGAAGCAUCUGUUAAUGCUCUCAGGGCCUUCCUGAAGUACCAGCAUUCCUCAGAGGCUUCUUGUGGUCACACAUACACCUCUAACUCUGUUGCUGAUAUCAGAGUGAGCAAACUGAACUUUGAGGAGGCCUUCGGGAAAGUACGUCCAUCUGUGUCCCAGAAGGACCAGAAGAUGUAUGAGCAGCUCAGAGACUCCCUCAGCAGAUGACCGCGAGACCAAAACCACAGACAUCACCAGCAGCAGUUCAGCUUUUAUACUGAUAUGUACACACAUUUUAUUACACUUAAAUUGUAAUACUGAUUUUAUAAUGAAAGCAUGACAAACUUGCAUGCAUUCUUCUUAUUUGAAUGUAGAUUAUCUAUUCUCAGAUCAGUCUCUGUUCACUCUGAGAGGAAAUUCCAUUCAACAGAGCUGCUGAUUGCUGUACUGUAAAUGCACACUGCAUUAUAUUACUGUCCUUAUCAGAUUUCUAUUAGGGUGUCUGCGUUUGUGUUCAACAUACAUCUAACAAGACUCACUGGUAGACAAUAUAAGCACUCAUCAUAAGAACUUAUUGCAUAAUUUUAAGUCCUUUAAUUAUCCUUGGGAUUAUGAGUAAGAUCAGAUAAGUGAAGAUAAACUUAAUGAUUCCUCACCAGUAAAAUUUACAAGUUUCAAGAGAACAUGGUGUAAGCAUUGCUAUGUCAGUGAUUCUAUUUUUUGACUCAGUUUAUGGCCUAAUGUAGCCUUUAUUUGCCUCAUCUUUGCAUAACUUACUGGAGUACAUAGUAAAACUAAGACUGAUGCUCAUUUUCUUCGUAGCUUCUGACAUCUUUUCAGAGAGGUUGCUGCUGUUUUACACAAAAUGUUUGUUAGUAACAAAACCAUUCGUUACAAUCCCAGUUUAGUUGGAAAUGGCUUGACUGGCACAUUUUUAAUCUGUACGUUGACAUCACAAGAUCAGCUGGAAAAAAUGUAAAUGAUUGCCUGAGUAAAAGACCAUGUAGGGCUUAAAGUGAUCACUUUAGUUUACCUGUGCAAGAAAUGGUGAAACAUCUGCUGUACUGCUUACUGGUAUUUCCUUACUGGAUAGUUAGAGCUAGCUAAUGAAGACUACUUUCUGGACUUGAAUAGGGCAGGCCCCAUGUUUUCCAAGGUAACAUUUGUAACAGAGCCUGUGAUGAACAGAGUCAUUUUGUUGUAUCAGUCAGGUAACACUGAUGUUUCCAAGUGGGACUUGCACAUGAAACAUAACAGCAGAAAGGGACAAGACUAUGGAGAGAAACUGAGUAGCAAUUGGACAUUUUAAUAAAGGAAACUAUGCCUUACUUUGUAAAUACUUGGCACUUACUGGAUACAGCAUUUGGAAAAUGGUAAAAUAAUACUUACCAGGUUUCCUAUUAAAUAUUAUUUGGCAGCACUGGG